GGGGCGGCGGUGCUUCUGGUGACAACGGUCAGAGAUGAAGGUGGCAGCGGCGCAGCGGGGAGCUCGGCUGCACCGGGCGCGGUUGGCAGGCAGGCCGCGCCUGUAGGAGCUCGGGGGGCCGGGGUGGCAGGAUGGGGACCCGGCUCGGGUAGUGCGGCGGCAGCGGCGGCAGCGGCGGCAGCGAGCGGAACUUCAGCCCGACGGGCUCGCCUGCUCCGGUCAGAGUCGGGGUCCUCCUCCACCUGCUGCCGCUCGGCCCCGCGUCCGGCGGGCCGCGACGGCGUCGGCGACGGCGGGGGCAUGUGGCGCUGGGUCCGGCAGCAGCUGGGUUUUGACCCACCACAUCAAAGUGACACAAGAACUAUUUACAUAGCCAACAGAUUUCCUCAGAAUGGCCUUUAUACACCUCAGAAAUUUAUAGAUAACCGGAUCAUUUCAUCUAAGUAUACUGUGUGGAAUUUUGUUCCAAAAAAUUUAUUUGAGCAAUUCAGAAGGGUGGCAAACUUUUAUUUUCUUAUUAUAUUUUUGGUUCAGCUUAUGAUUGAUACACCUACCAGUCCAAUUACCAGUGGACUUCCAUUAUUCUUUGUGAUAACAGUAACUGCCAUAAAACAGGGAUAUGAAGACUGGUUACGCCAUAACUCAGAUAAUGAAGUAAAUGGAGCUCCUGUUUAUGUAGUUAGAAGUGGUGGCCUUGUGAAAACUAGAUCAAAAAACAUCCGGGUGGGUGAUAUUGUUCGUAUAGCCAAAGAUGAAAUUUUUCCUGCAGAUUUGGUGCUUCUGUCCUCAGAUCGACUUGAUGGUUCGUGUCAUGUUACAACUGCUAGUUUGGAUGGAGAGACGAACCUGAAGACACAUGUCUCAGUUCCAGAAACAGCAGUAUUACAAACAGUUGCCAACUUGGACAGUCUCAUAGCUGUGAUAGAAUGCCAACAGCCAGAAGCAGACUUAUACAGAUUUAUGGGACGAAUGAUAAUAACUCAACAAAUGGAAGAAAUUGUAAGACCUCUGGGACCAGAGAGUCUCUUGCUUCGUGGAGCCAGAUUAAAAAAUACAAAAGAAAUUUUUGGUGUGGCUGUAUACACUGGAAUGGAAACUAAGAUGGCAUUAAAUUACAAGAGCAAGUCACAGAAACGAUCUGCAGUAGAAAAGUCAAUGAACACAUUUUUAAUUAUUUAUCUAAUAAUCCUUAUUUCUGAGGCCAUCAUCAGUACUAUCUUGAAAUAUACCUGGCAGGCUGAAGAAAAAUGGGAUGAACCUUGGUAUAACCAAAAAACAGAACAUCAAAGAAAUAGUAGUAAGAUUUUGAGAUUUAUUUCUGACUUCCUUGCUUUUUUGGUACUCUACAAUUUCAUCAUUCCAAUUUCUCUGUAUGUGACAGUUGAAAUGCAGAAAUUUCUUGGAUCAUUUUUUAUUGGCUGGGAUCUUGACCUAUAUCAUGAAGAGUCAGAUCAGAAAGCUCAAGUCAAUACUUCUGAUCUGAAUGAAGAGCUUGGACAGGUGGAAUAUGUGUUUACAGAUAAAACUGGGACACUGACAGAAAAUGAGAUGCAGUUUCGCGAAUGUUCAAUUAAUGGCAUGAAAUACCAAGAAAUCAAUGGUAGACUUGUACCUGAAGGACCAAGCCCAGACUCCACAGAAGGAAACUUACCUUACCUUGGUAGUUUAUCCCAUCUCAACAACUCAGCCCACCUCACAGCCAGUUCUUCUUUUAGAACCAGUCCUGAAAGUGAAACUGAGCUUAUCAAAGAACAUGAUCUCUUCUUUAAAGCAGUCAGUCUUUGCCAUACUGUACAGAUCAGCAAUGUUCAAACUGAUGGCAUUGGUGAUGGUCCCUGGCAGUCCAACCUGGCACCUGCACAGCUGGAGUACUAUGCAUCUUCACCAGAUGAAAAGGCUCUAGUGGAAGCUGCAGCAAGAGCUGGUAUUAUAUUUAUAGGCAUUUCUGAAGAAACUUUGGAGGUUAAAGUACUUGGAAAACUGGAAAGGUAUAAAUUGCUGCAUAUUCUGGAAUUUGAUUCAGAUCGUAGGAGAAUGAGUGUAAUUGUCCAGGCACCUUCAGGUGAAAAGCUUUUAUUUGCUAAAGGAGCAGAAUCUUCAAUUCUUCCUAACUGUAUAGGUGGAGAAAUAGCAAAAACCAGAAUUCAUGUAGAUGAAUUUGCUUUGAAAGGACUGCGGACACUAUGUAUAGCUUAUAGACAGUUUACAAAUAAAGAGUAUGAAGAUAUAGAUAGGCGCCUAUUUGAGGCCAGGACUGCCUUGCAGCGGCGGGAAGAGAAAUUGGCUGAUGUCUUCCAGUACAUUGAGAAAGACCUGAUAUUACUAGGAGCUACAGCAGUAGAAGACAGACUACAAGAUAAAGUUCGAGAAACUAUUGAAGCAUUGAGAAUGGCUGGUAUCAAAGUAUGGGUACUUACUGGAGAUAAACAUGAAACAGCUGUUAGUGUGAGCUUAUCAUGUGGACAUUUUCAUAGAACUAUGAAUAUCCUUGAACUCAUCAACCAGAAAUCAGACAGUGGAUGUGCUGAACAAUUGAGGCAGCUUGCCAGAAGAAUUACAGAGGACCAUGUGAUUCAGCAUGGGCUGGUAGUAGAUGGGACCAGCUUAUCUCUUGCACUCAGGGAGCAUGAAAAACUGUUUAUGGAGGUUUGCAGAAACUGUUCAGCUGUCUUAUGUUGUCGUAUGGCACCUUUACAGAAAGCAAAAGUAAUAAGACUGAUAAAAAUCUCACCUGAGAAACCGAUAACCUUGGCUGUUGGUGACGGUGCUAAUGAUGUGAGCAUGAUACAGGAAGCACACGUUGGCAUAGGAAUCAUGGGUAAAGAGGGAAGGCAAGCUGCAAGAAACAGUGACUAUGCAGUAGCUAGAUUUAAAUUUCUCUCCAAAUUACUUUUUGUUCAUGGUCAUUUUUAUUAUAUUAGAAUAGCUACCCUUGUACAGUAUUUUUUUUAUAAGAAUGUGUGUUUUAUCACACCCCAGUUUUUAUAUCAGUUCUAUUGUUUGUUUUCUCAACAAACACUGUAUGACAGCGUAUACCUGACUUUAUACAACAUCUGUUUUACUUCUCUACCUGUUCUCAUAUAUAGUCUUUUGGAACAACAUAUAGAUCCUCAUGUAUUACAGAGCAAGCCUACCCUAUAUAGGGACAUUAGUAAAAACCGUCUCUUGAGCAUUAAAGCAUUUCUAUAUUGGACCAUCCUGGGUUUCAGCCAUGCCUUCAUUUUCUUUUUUGGAUCCUAUUUUCUAGUGGAAAAAGACAUAUCUCUUCUUGGAAAUGGCCAGAUGUUUGGAAACUGGACGUUUGGUACUUUGGUCUUCACCGUAAUGGUUAUUACAGUCACAGUAAAGAUGGCUUUGGAAACUCAUUUCUGGACUUGGAUCAACCAUCUUGUUACCUGGGGAUCUAUUAUAUUUUAUUUUAUAUUUUCUUUGUUUUAUGGUGGGAUUUUCUGGCCAUUUUUGGGCUCCCAGAAUAUGUAUUUUGUAUUUAUUCAGCUCCUGUCAAGUGGGUCGACUUGGUUUGCCAUACUCCUUAUGGUUGUUAGUUGUCUAUUUAUUGAUGUUGUGAAGAAAGUGUUUGAUCGACAGCUUCAUCCUACAAGUACAGAAAAGGCACAGAUGUACUCCAACACAGUGGCUUUAAGUGACGAGUUCAUCGCACUGCAGCCUUUGUCGAGGGCAAGGAAUCAGCUGAGCAGACUUAGCUUGCUGAAGCACAUUCAAGUGUCAAGUGCUUGGACUCCAUGUGCUGUUUCCCAGAAGGAGAGACCCCAUGCACAUCUGUUGGAAGAGUGCUGGAGCGAGUCAUAGGAAGGUGUAGUCCCAACCAUAUCAGCAGGUUGUGGAGUACAUCGGAUCCUUUCUAUACCAAUGACAGGAGCAUCUUGACUCUCUCCCCAAUGGACUCGUCUACUUGUUAAAGGGACAGUAGGACUUUGUGGGGACAAAUUCACCUGUCCUCAGAUUUGGGGUCAUCAGCCUGUAAAAGGCUAGUUACCUUCUGAAAUCUCUGGAGGAGUUGAGACCUUCUCAGAGUCCACGGGAAACAGGCAGUUACAUGAACCCUUCUCCUUUCUCUUUAAUUUGAAUGUGAAUAUUUUAGAACUUGGAAAUAAAGAGAUACCACCAACCUCUUUAUCUGGUUUGUCCCUUCUGCCCAUGGGACUCCUGGCGGCACUGCAGCCUUUGCUGAGGCCACUAUACUUUAAUAUCAAGGUAGAGAAAGGGGUUACUCCUGGUUAUGUGUGGUUUUAGGAUGAGUGUGGUUCGGGACUCUUCUAUUUAAAUCUGCUUCUGUAAAUUUAUGCUAAAGAUUUGCCUUGAGAAUUCUAUUUUUUUUAUUAGAUUAUAUUUGAAGCUUUUCGUGGGGAAAGUUAAUGUGAAUACUAAGGAAUUUUGGUCCUUCAGUGACCUGUGUUGUUAAUCCAUUAGUACUUUUUAAGUUACAGAGCAAACUAGGAGAGCACGUUUCUAACCAUUGUUCUGUGUGGGUAGGAAGCUUAUACUGACACCAACCUUCUAUGUGGAUACUGUAACACAACCAGUGAAGCUCAUCCGACAAGUGCAAAGAGAGUUUUAAAUCUCAUGUCCAAGUCAAAGUUAGGGCCAUUCAUUAGACUUCAAAUUGGUGUUUGCUAAUAUUUUUGUGGCCAAGUAUGUAAAACCUGUAACAGGUCAAUGAGAUGCCUACAUUAUCAUAUUAAUUUGCUGUAUCUGCCUUAUCUUUUGCAUGCUUCAGCCUGGCUAAUAUAUUUACAUUCUACCACACACACCCAUUCCCCCAUCCCUUGUUACUACCUUUUUUCUUCUCCAAAGACUCUGUUCAUAGUUUUAUGAUAAUGUUGUAAAGUUCAAUUGUAUCAAUAAAAAACAAGUUUGGACAGUAUUUAAAUAUUGCAAAUAUAUUUAAUUAUACAAAUUAAAAUAUAAGCCAUAAAAGUCUUUCUAUAGCCCGCUUAGAAUUACUCUUGACUUUCUGUAAACCAAUAUUUAGAAUAAAGGAAUUUUGUUAAAAAUCCUGUAAAA